AUGAAAGUCCUGGCCAAACUGAGGAUCUCGCGUGGUGACGUAGGCAUCAGCCAGGUGACGUCCUCUUUGUGCCAAGUGAAUGUGGCCAAUGCACGGGCCUUCGAACAAAGAGAUGAGGAGAAGGUGGGCUUUGACCGAGUGAACCAACAUGUGAAACAUGCUAUGAUCCAGUGGAUUGGUGUGGUGGUGAGAGAGAAGUUUGAACAGCUUGUGGACGCAGCUGAUGACCAGGAGCGCAUCGCCAUGUUGGCUUCCAUCCCCCAUCUCCGAGCUGAGGACUUCCUGGGGCAGCUUCUGGUGGAAGCAAGCCGUCAACGUGGCCUCUCACAGGUGAUCAGUCAGACGUUGGGCUUCGAGGGCAUGGAGUCUCCUGGCCACCGGUUCUACAUUGCGGAGGUGCAUGGCAUCGAGGGAUGGACCUUCGGAGAUUUGCUCUUUGCGUUGGGCCAGUCCAUCCCCAUUGGUUACAUGGACCACGGGCAGGCGGUGCUGGUGCCUUCGAUGGAGUACAUCUUCUCGGGGCACGAGCAGUUGAUUUGCCUUUCAGAGGACGCUUCAACUCUGGCGAAGAGCAUCUCACCAGGAACUCGAGAGAAAGUGCUGAAAAGGAGAAGGGCCAAUCAGAUGAAGAGGACUGUCUCACCAGGCCGGUGCGGAUCAGAGCAUCAGCGAAGGAUGGAGACCAUCACGGUGAUCAUCGGUUGGAACGAGGGCAUCGGCUCCAUCGUGCAUGAGGUGGACCAAGCCGUCGGCGCGGAUUCCACGGUCUUGAUCUACUCCCCACAAGAAGCAGAUGUGCGGGAGGAAUACCUGGACAGCUGUCAGGUGGAGCAUGUGGAAGGUGCUUUGGGUGCGCGAUACAAGCUGGAAGACCUUCCUUUGGAGAAGGCCCAGAAGAUCUUCAUCUUGGCUGACAAGAUGAGCAAUUGCGAGGAUGAAGCCGAUCGGCUGACCGUGGCCACGCUGCUACAAGUGCGAGACAUUUUGCGCGUUCGCAAGACUUGCCAAACCGACCUGGCCACUUGGGCAGCAGGCAGACACGGUCGAAGGUAG